AUGCCUCACCUGCUCUCUGCCUUAUUUUCACUGUUUUCCUUUGCUGCCUUACUGGAAGCUGUGCAGUGGAAACUUCAGGAAAAUGUGUACGUCAUAGAAUCCGAGUGGAAUGCUGAGACACCAGCUACGAGAGUGGAGCUCACCUGUAACACACCUCAUGAAGCAGUUUACUGGAAAAAGGGCUCUGAAUGGAAAGGGAAAGGAAAGACUCUGAUCGUUGAAGUGAAGGAGUUCCCUGAUGCUGGAAACUACACCUGUCUGGCAGAGAAUACCCAUGAAAUCCUCAGCUAUAAUUUCCUCCUCAUAAGCAAAGUCAACUCCAACGGGCAAAUGAUAAGGUCGAUUCUGACAAGCUUUAAAGAGCCAAUGCAGACCUUUAUAAAAUGUGAGGCAAAGAACUACUCUGGAAUUUUCAUGUGUUCAUGGAUGACAGAAAAUGAGAGUCCAAAUAUGAAGUUCACCAUCAGAGGUCUAAAAGGCUCUCAGGGAGAUGUGACCUGCAGCAGCCCCGUGGCUCACACGGAUGGAUCGGUGACCAAAUACACGACCCAGUGCCGCAAAGAAAACUACUGCCCCUUUGCUGAAGAGCACCAGCCCAUUUAUGUGUUCCUGGAGGUCAUCGACGAGGUGGAAUAUGAGAACUACACCAGCAGCUUCUUCAUCAGAGAUAUCAUAAAACCUGACCCACCUCAAUGUCAGUAUGUGGCCACAAAUGGAAUGGUGACCUGGAAAUAUCCCAAAACAUGGAGCACCCCGAAGUCCUACUUCCCUUUGACUUUUAAGGUCAAAGUUAAAAGCCCAAAGAAACGCGGACACCAGGUCUAUGAUACCGAUGAAGAGUCAAUCCAUCUUCCAAACACUGGGCCAAAAGACGAGAUCUCCGUGCAGGCCAGGGAUCGUUAUUACCACUCAUCCUGGAGUGACUGGUCUUCACUCUGCAGGUAA